CAGACCACAGACAACUUUAGGGGCUUUACACUGAUGAGGUCGCCGUGUCUCCUCCACAGCCACAAUCGACCUGAACCGGCCGGCGGCACUUCUCCGACACUCAAAAUUAAACAUUACCACAACGUUGACAACAAUAAAACAUUCUACGGUGCGUAAUCAGCAGGUACAAUGGCUGUCCCUCCACCAUAUGCAGAUCUGGGAAAGUCGGCAAAGGACAUCUUCAACAAGGGAUAUGGUUUUGGACUGGUUAAGCUCGAUGUCAAGACAAAGUCAUCAAGUGGAGUGGAGUUCAAAACAUCCGGCUCGUCCAAUGUGGACACUAGCAAGGUGACGGGAGCCCUGGAGACCAAGUACAAGUGGGACGAAUACGGACUGACCUUCACCGAGAAGUGGAGCACAGAGAACACGAUUGGCACGGAAGUAUGCAUUGAGGAUAAGAUCACCAAAGGCCUGAAAUUGAAUUUUGAAACCACGUUUUCACCAAACGCAGGCAAGAAGAGUGGCAAAAUCAAGGCUGCCUACAAGCGGGAGUACUUGCACGCCGGUGUGGAUGUGGACCUGGACUUUGCCGGUCCCACCCUCCACGGUGCGGCGGUGGCCGGCUAUGAAGGCUGGCUGGCCGGCUACCAGAUGAGCUUUGACACGGCCAAGUCCAGGAUGCUCCAGAGUAACUUUGCCGUCGGCUACAAGACGGGAGACUUCCAGCUACAUACCAACGUAAACAACGGUUGUGAAUUUGGAGGCUCCAUUUACCAGAAGGUGAACGAGCAGCUGGAGACGGCUGUCAAUUUGGCGUGGGCAGCGGGCAGCAACGGAACUCGUUUUGGGAUCGCCGCCAAAUACCAGAUGGACUCCAGUUCCUCCAUAUCAGCCAAGGUGAACAACGCCAGCUUGGUUGGAAUUGGAUACAGUCAGACUCUUCGGCCCGGUAUGAAACUUGUGCUGUCUGCACUUGUGGAUGGAAAAAACAUCAACGCCGGCGGUCACAAACUGGGCCUGGGACUGGAAUUGGAGGCAUGAGGAUCACUGAAGCGAGUGAAAUAAGAUGGAGAAAAAAAAAAAAAGAAUCUCCCCUCGCUAUUCUCGAGCGCCGCUGAAACGUCCCCUGCUAGUCUCUCAGUCGUAAGUCACAAUAAAUUCAUAC